GACCGUGUCCCCCAUAACCUUCGAGCCCUCUCUCAGGAGCCCCCCUCAACCCCCUCUACUCCAAAGAAAACAAAGUCAGAAGUCACAUGACACCAGGUUAUAGUCCGGCAGGUUUAUUAGAAAGCUCAGAGCGCUGUUCCUUCGUCAUUUCACCUGAUGACAGCCAGACUCUGAAAGCUUGUGAUUUCAAAUAAACCUGUUGGACUAUAACCUGACUCCUGACCUUGUCAACCCCAAACUGGCACCUCCACAACAAAAAAAAACAACCCAACGUAUCCAGGCUCUCUCCAUCACCGAAAUACUCCAUCCCAGGGAACAUCCAGGUGAAACGAUCCCUUUGCAGCCUCUCCGGGGAAAUCACAGCACCCUGUAGUGCAGCGACUAAAACACUUUGGGACAUUCCAAGAUGGUGAAAGGCGUUCCCUUCCCCCGGAAUUUCAUGUCAGUCGCAAAAACCAUCCUGAAACGCCUGUUCCGAGUCUAUGCCCACAUUUAUCAUCAGCAUUUUGAUUCUGUGAUCCAGCUCCAGGAAGAGGCUCAUCUCAACACUUCCUUCAAACACUUUAUCUUUUUUAUUCAGGAGUUUAACCUCAUAGACCGGAAGGAAUUGGCUCCAUUGCAGGAACUGAUCGAGAAACUGACUACAAAGGACAGAUAGAAGGCAGCUGAGAGAGAAACACAAUCCAUUUCCCCUCUUUAACACAACUGGACACAGGCGAUGGAUUGGAUGUUGUAAAAUCCACGCAAUGCUAGUGCUGAUGAAAUUGCAAGUGUUUUUCAUUCGAAGGUUUGAUACAAGAUGAUUCUAGACUUCUCUUUAAGCAAGUCACCACACGCACAGACAGCUUUCGCUGAGGCAUGUUGCUACGCUGCACACAAUCCUCCGAUGCCUGUAAAAUGUAAUUCAUUGGCACCGAUUAGAAUCUACCUUCUCCAAGUGCCUGCAUUGUUUCAUAACUUCCAAUUUAUUUUUCUUUCUUUUCAGUCUUUUGAUAAAAGAAUAAAAUAACACACUGGGCUGACACUUCAUCUAGGGAAGAUUCCACUGAUUAUAAAAAGUGUUCUAUUUUGGAUAUGAUUCAUAAAGUUUUCACUGAAA